AUUAAGCACAUGCGUGAACGUUGUGCGGUCAUCAUUGAUGUUUUAGAACUUUAUAAUCUAACUUAAUGCGCAUCACCCGCUGCAUUCUUAGCAGAAUCACUCAUCUGUUUAAUAAUAAACAACAUUUGAUCAGCAUGAAGAUCGGGACUCAUAACGGCACGUUUCACUGUGAUGAGGUUCUGGCGUGUUUCCUGCUGCGACAACUGCCGGAAUAUAAGGAUGCUGAAAUUAUCCGCAGCAGAGAUUCAUCAGUCCUGUCUGAAUGUGAUGUUGUGGUUGAUGUGGGUGGAGAAUAUGAUCCAAAACAUCACCGUUAUGAUCAUCAUCAGAGAUCUUUUGUGGAGAGCUUCAGCACUUUGUGUCCAGAGAAGCGAUGGGUGACUAAGUUGAGCUCAGCAGGUUUGAUUUACCUUCAUUUUGGCAAACGAGUUCUCACACACCUGACGCAGCUGAAAUCAGAUGACAAGAAUCUAGAGGUGCUUUAUGACAAGAUGUACGAGAACUUUGUAGAGGAGGUGGAUGCUGUAGAUAAUGGUAUCAGUCAGUGUGAUGGAGAAGUACGUUACUCUAUCACCACCACCCUCAGCGCCCGCGUCGGUCAUUUGAACCCACACUGGAACACCAGGAACCAGGAAACACAAGAGGGGUUUCAUAAAGCCAUGGCUCUGGUUGGAGAAGAAUUCCAGGACCGUUUGGAUUAUUACAUGAAUGCCUGGCUUCCGGCAAGAGAGAUCGUACAACAAGCUGUUCAGACCAGAUAUCAGGUGGAUCCAAGCGGCGAGAUUGUGGUGUUGUCUCAAGGUGGCUGUCCGUGGAAAGAGCAUCUGUUUACUCUGGAGAAAGAGCUGAAUGUGGAUGUGAACAUUAAGUUUGUGAUGUUCACAGAUCAGAACAACCAUUGGAGAAUUCAGUGUGUGCCGGCCGGACUCAACACCUUUCAAAACAGAUUGAGUCUGCUAGAAGAAUGGCAAGGCAUUCGUGAUGAUGCGCUCUCUGAGCUGAGUGGGAUACCUGACUGUAUCUUCGUCCAUGCAAGCGGUUUCAUCGGCGGGAAUAAGACACGAGAGGGUGCUCUAGAGAUGGCCAAAAGAACACUGCAAAUGGCACCCCAACCUUAACACAACUGAAACAAAGCCCUAAACCAGAUUUACCAUAACAUCUUUUAUAAACAAUAAAUGCAAAUAAAACAAAUU